GCAGGAUAUAGAGUGGUGCCCCCCGAGUUUUGGAGGUGGAAGACAGACAUCUUUGUUGUGAUUUUUGGAGUGAAGCUGCAAUUUCGAGAAAUCACCAGUCGAGGCGGAGAUACGGUACCCACAAGCUAGGCCGAGGAUAGAAGGUACCCGUACCCGACAUCAACAAACACACAGCAACAGCUUGCUCGCUGCACAGAUUAUCCGAGCGCCCACUUGCGAUUGACAACAUUGACAAGCUCACUCCACCAUCGCCUCACUCUCGCGCUCGCGCUCCCCUCUUACUCUCACUUCACUUGUGCAGAGCGAGGAUUGAUCACUUCACAUCAACUCCACCCCAGACCCAAGAGAUCCAUUGACGAACACAAUUGAGCGGCUGCUUGUCAUCACCACACUUCAGUAGACUGUUCCUGGGACUGGAGUAUUCACUCUCACUCCACCUUUCUUGGUCGCUUCCUCACCACUUCACCCUCACUCCCACAAUGGCCACUCAUAUGCCAAUGUCGGCUGCCCGACAACCUUUCGCGCCAUUGAAUAGCUCCCGCCUUCAGAAUCUCACCAGCCUGAAGAACCGUCAAAAUGGUAUGUUGACUCUCCGUUUCUACUUUGAACCCCCCUAUUGUCAACACCACAAUCCCCUCGGCGCACCAGGACUCCUUCCCUCGUGCGUCCCUCCACCAUGACACCUCAACUCACACCCCAACCAGCCAUCUCCUCGCCCAUCAAGCGCAAAGCAGCCUCCUUUGACGACGACGCCGAGAAUGUAGACCCCAUCAUCUGGACUUCACCCAAGCGAUCCAAAGCCCAAGAUGGCUCAUCUCAAGACCCCUCCAGCUAUGUCAAGCCCGUCAACUUUUUCCUCACCAAGGCCCCUCCAUCGCCCAACGACUUUGCCUCUCUCAAAAGCACACCCGCUUCACCCAUCCGUCGACCAAUCCUCUCCACGCGUUCACCAGCACCCAAAGUCAACACGGUCUACACGAAAAGCACUCCUCUCUCCGCCCCCGCAGGUCGCUCCCCAACACGAAAGCGCAUUGGAAUCUUGAGCCGUAGAAAGACGCAUGCCCGCGUAGACCCCCCUAAAUUCUCAACACCAUCAGGAUCCGGAUUAGGAUUCAGCAUCGAUGCCGCACUCUCAGGAACCAUUUCUUCGCGUGCUCGUCCAACUCCAGCUUCUGCUCCUUCACUACCAAUGAAAGAAAACGCCCAUCUCAUCCCAACGCUUCACACCCCGGAGCCAAAACCCUCAUGGUCAUUUGAGAUCUACGAAGAUACCCCCGAGGAACUAGCCACCAAUCUCAUGGAACACUCAACUUGCACCCUCGACAUCUCAUCCGACGAAGAAUCCGCCACGCGUCUCCUCGAUGAGCGGGGGAAAGAGAACGUCCCACCCCUCGACGACAUCUCUCAAACACGCGUGCCCCUCACCUCCUCAGCUUCCUCCCUCGACGGCGCAAGUGAACAGAUGUCUGACCUAAAAUCCCGCAUCCGAGCCCGACAUUCACAGCGCAAAAUCGCAGCCGGAGAAAUCGACAUUGACCGCUCACCACUUGGUGAUCUAGCAGCCGAGGAUUUCUACGCGGAAGGAUGUUGUUCAUCUUCAGUUUUCAUCAUCGCUCCCGACGAGACGGCUUCGGACUCGGACUCCGCUCCCGUCGAUGAAAAUUCCGCGCCCGCCAUCCCGGUCGCCGACCUACCUUUCGACUUCAAUUCCGACAUCAAAGGCAAAGGUCGUGAAAUCCCCGAACACGAAGCGAUGCCAUCAAAUCUCACAGUCGACGCUUUGAUGGCAAAAAACGACUAUGAACUCGCACCUAAAGCUCCACUCUUAGAACCCAUCGAGAAGGCCGAGGAAGGGUUCGAGAUCUGGGCUAGUAGCAGUGCGAAGGAUGAGGGUGAAGAUGAAUUAUAACUUCUUCCUCUCUUCUUUCCUCUCUACUUCCCUCUUUUUCUCGACUCGUAUGAAAGCGAAAGGGUGUGACCAGCAUUGUUUACUUUUUGGCGUGAUUGGAUGGAUGGAUGAGCUUCUGACGAAAACGAACGAUUUUGUAAAUGAGGCGUCUCGUGGGUUUGGAUCAGGAUUGGAUGGAUCAUGAUAUCUUGGGGACGUUUCGGAGUAGUAUUCUGCUUUUUUUUCUUUGUUUUGGUAUUUUGGUGUUUUGGCACGCGAGUUGUUU